UUGAUGCUUUUAUAGAAAUAAAAACGGCGUGGUGAUUAUUAUUUUGUGAAUCCUAUAGCAAUGAAUUAUCCGGCCACAGACUAUUAUCCUCCGUCAUCGGUUUUCUUGUUUCUAGGGAAAUUUUCAUUUGCGAAUGACAUUUAACGCGAUCGCGAUUGGCAUCUCGUGAAAUUAUAAGGCGCGUAAACAUCAUAGUUGAUAGUUGACAAAAAAAAAUUGGUAAAAAGCGUUUUUUAUUCCCGUAGAGUUUGCAUAUUUUAUACCUGUGUAACUCGAAUCUUUCCCAAUUUCAAGGACCGUUCGAACGCGAGUUAAGUUUUGCUUGUUUUCUAAACUGUUGUUUUUUCUGGACAAUGGCAAAAAUUCAACUUUGUAACAUUACGGUUAUGGACAACCCCAGCCCAUUUUUAAAUCCGUUUCAGUUUGAGAUUACGUUCGAGUGUAUAGAGGAACUAAAAGAAGAUCUGGAAUGGAAAAUGAUAUAUGUAGGGUCCGCUGAGUCUGAGGAAUACGAUCAAGUGCUGGAUUCGGUGUUCGUCGGUCCUAUUGCGGAAGGCGGACCCACCGAAUGUCUCUAGAAUUCCAGAAAACGAUGCUAUAGGUGUUACCGUUGUCCUGUUAACCUGUUCAUACAGAGCUCAAGAAUUUAUUAGGGUGGGUUAUUUUAUAAACAAUGAGUAUAGUG